AUGGCCACUUGGGAGCAUGAACUUCGCGAGAUGUUCUCGCAACAUGACAAGGACAUGUCGGGAUUCAUCAGUAAAGACGACAUCAUCUGCAUGCUCCUUGGAGCUGAAAAAGACGACAAGAAGGACCCAGUGUUCCGCACCAACCUCAAGUUCCUCAUCCAGGUGAUUAAGGAGGCGGACAAAGACGGAGACUCUAAGAUCACAUUUGAUGAGUUCAAAGAGUACAUCAACAAGGUUACUUCAUAA